AUGCUCACAAUGUAUUGGCAAAUGGACGUAGUCUUCCUUGAGUUUUUCACAAUCUUCCCAGUUUAUAUAUCAAUUCUUAUUGAUAUUUUAAAAAGUAGAAGGAAGCAUGCAAUAUUUAAAACACCAUAUUACACAUUGGUAUUGUCCCAGGGACUCGUUGAUUCUAUUAUGAUAUUCACAAUAUUUGAUCUACUGAUUGCGAGAUAUUUUGGAAUUGGAAAUCGAUUGUUGUUUGAAGUUCAAGAUUACGGAGCGGCUUCUUAUUUUUCAAACACUGGCCCUUUGAUUUUCAUUGUUCGGAUGUUUGGAAUAUUUUUGAUUUCUUUUCAACGUUAUAUUGCUGUUUGUUGGCAGUAUAGUAAGGCUAAUACGGUAAGUAAAAGUCAUGAAAAAGCAGCCGACAUUUUGCGUGGUUCUGAUGUACUGUUCAAUUCUUCGUAUGCUAUUUUUAACUCGGAAAAAUGGGAAAAAUUCCGUUGGGCAGACUGUUUUGUAAGUGGAUUUUAUGUUUCAAAUUCAAUGAAUAACAUUAGAAGUCUCAGCCGUCAACGUGCAGUCCGUCAUCGAGAGUUCCGCUUGGCCGCCCAUGUGCUUCUGCUGUCAGUGAUGUCUGCUUCAGUUUUUAUGUAUUAUUGGAUUGAAUUUUCAAUGGCUGAUAAUCCAGAUGACUCUGGAAGAAAAGCUCUGAGAGUGUUCUUUCCAUUGCUCUCAUCCAAUUUUUCCUACAUUAAUCCAAUUACUUUAUUGGCCCUGAACAAAGAUGUGCAAAAGAUGAUUAAGGCACAGUUGUGUCGGCUGAACUUGUCUAAGGUAAUUUAA